AUGGACCCCGGUUGUUGCGAGCCUAGAUCACGUCUGGAAGGUGAUCAUGUUGGCUUUGAAACCAGUCUCGCCGGCAACAAAUCCUAUGUUUUCCCGAAUUCCAGACUGAUAGCCGACUUUUACGCAGAAGAGGUCAACGCGACCGUGUAUUUCCCCGACUUUUUUGGAGGAGAGGUGAUCACGGCCGAGAUGAUGGACAACCCUAAAACCAGGGCGGCAUUCGACACUGUGGCGUUUAUGGAGCGACAUUCGAAGACCAUUAGAUUCCCCGAAAUCUUGAAAUGUGCAACUGCGCUGAAAAAGCAAUAUGAAAAAGUGGGAGCUAUUGGCUUUUGCUACGGCGGCUGGGCAGUUUUUCAACUUGCUGCACGCGGCCGAAACCUACUUCACUGUGUUUCAACUGCCCACCCUUCGUUCAUCGAUAAGCAAGAGAUCCUUUCACUGGGCGUGCCUACCCAAAUACUUGCUCCUGAGCAUGACCAUCACCUGACACCGGAGCUCAAGAACUACUGCAAUCUAUCCCAUGGCUAUGCUACACGGUAUGAUAAGAGUGAUAAAUAUCAGAAAGCGAGCUUUGAGAGAGCGAAGAGAUCAGGUGUCAACUGGUUCAAUUUUUCGCUACACUGA